AUGGCGGAGAAAGAGGAGUCCCUGAGCUCCUUCUGGGACUACGAUUUGCAACCACGCCUCGAGCCCCCUACCAAGAGAGCAAAGUCGAGCUCCUGUCCGUUGUGCGCGAAGAAGCAGGCCAAGCUGGAGCAGGAGCAGGCCACGAACGUCGAGCUCGUGCGGUCUAUUGCCGACCUCUCGCGGUCGAAGGCAGAGGUCGUCAGAGAGCUAGAGGCUGCGCGUGCGAAGCUGCGGAGUCUGGAGCUCCAACAGUUACAGCACGGGGGGGGCGGCGUUCCGCAGCCGGCGCCCCCCGACCCGGACGCGUACGGUUCCGGAGGCGGCGUGGCGGCGAGACCGUCCACCCCAUCGCCGUCGCCGCCGCCACCUCCAUGCCCUUUCCUGCCAUCCGGCGAUACCCAUGACGAGGGGUUGAGCGGCAGCGGCGGCGGGGGGCGGGGGUGA